GCACCGGUGCAAUCCGUCCCCUCACCUUCUCCUUCCCGACUCCACCUUCAAUGUCGAGCUUCUGGUGGUGACCGGUGGGCAGCCAUGAAGUCCCUCCGCCUCGUCCUUCCCCGUUCCCAAGUCUCUGUGCCACGUGGAAUAUACAGCAGGCCGACGGUCGGCCAUGGAGUGCUCGGAAUCCUCUCUGCGGGGCCGAGGCUUGCCUCCUUCGCACCCGUGAAAGCGAGCUCCGGCGCGGCCGAGACUACCUCGGUUUCGUAUUCUACCAUUGUUCCUGGUUCCGCGGCCAAACCGGGCCUCCGGAGGGAUCCCGUGCUCGAUUCAUCAGGAGACGCUAACGACAUGGAAGAGAAGAUCGAAAAGGUGAUAUAUAGGUGCCGGUUUUUCGCGUUUCUCGCGGUGGCUGGUUCUCUGAUGGGUUCCGUAAUCUGCUUUCUCAAGGGUUGCACAUAUGUGAUAGAUUCAUUCAGAGAAUAUUUUUUGAGUGGUGGGAAAGUAAUUCUGAUGUUGAUCGAAGCCAUUGAUAUCUAUCUUAUUGGAACUGUGAUGCUCGUCUUUGGAAUGGGUCUCUAUGAACUCUUCAUCAGUAAUCUUGACAUUGCAAAGAUGUCAUCCUAUGGAUCAAGCCUUCUUGGGUUAUUCAAACUUCUGGAACGACCAAGGUGGUUAGACAUACAGUCCGUCAAUGAAUUAAAGACCAAGCUGGGGCACGUCAUAGUGAUGGUACUAUUGGUUGGGAUGUUCGAGAAGAGCAAGAAGGUGACAAUAUCUUCUACAGCUGAUUUGUUAUACUUUGCGGCAUCUAUUCUGCUCUCCUCAAGUUGCCUUUAUCUUCUAUCAAAGCUUCACACCACCAAAGGAAGUAUGCAUGCCUGAGAUGACAAUUUGAGAUGUAUUCGAUUGUCUUGAUCUGUAAGACCAACAUAUCGUUCACAGUUAUUCUAUUGUUCAUGAGACAACUCAGAUGCGCUGUCUCAUUAAGUGGAAGAAGAAAUAAAGGAGUCAAAUGUGCUAGGUACUGGGUUUUAAAGAUUAUAGACGAAUUAUUUUACAGAGAUGUAUUUUAUCUGAAAACAGAAUUUAUGCUUUUCAUGAAUGAGUUAGAAUCCUUCAAACAAA